AUGCCCGAGAUCAAGGGCAAGGCCGCAUCCGAGAACCCACAAUCCAACCCACCACAACCCGCCGAGCCUCCAGUGCCCGAGAAAAUCUCGCCCGAGCAGUUCAACCAAGACCUCAAGGAGUUUUCCCGCGACAUUGUGGUCAAGCAGCAGCAAGUGGAGCUGCUGAUUGCGAGUUUGCCCGGGCUGAAUGUUAGCGAGGAACAGCAGGUUGCGCGCAUGAAAGAGCUGGAGAAGGAGUUGGAGGGGCUGGAGGAUGAGAGGGCGCAGGCGGUGAGGGAGAAGGAAGUUUUACUGAAGAAGGUCGAGGAUAAGAUUAUGAGUGUUGGGAGAUCGCGUUGA